CCACAAUAAGACGAUGCGUACAGCUCUGUUUAUGUGUUUUAUUUACCUACUGUACAAAAGUAUGGUAAUACUUUUACUCGUAAUGUAAGCGCUAAACAAAUGGUUCGACCGCGGUGGUGUGGUGCCGCAAUAUAUAAUGAACUGAAAGAACUUCCUCUGCGUAAUUUUUUUGAAUGUCUGUUGCCACAUCCGAAUCUUCAGACCCAAUCCUAGCAGGAUCAGAUCUGGAUAUCGCUUUUUCACUCAAAAAUGAAAGGAUUCUUAAAAAGGAUCGGGCACAUCGCAGCAGACCGCCACAAUGUGGAGCGGAAGUGGUCACCAACCUGCCAGAUUACUAUGACCUUUUAGGUGUCGACAGGUCUGCAACCCACCAGCAGGUGAACAAUGCUUACCGUUACUGUGCAAAAACAUUGUACUCCGAAGCAGAGAAGUCUAAUGGUGCAGAAGAACGAGAGAAAGUAUUGGUCAAAUUAUCCAGACUAAAUGACGCGUACGAAGUCUUAGGCAACUCCAAGUCGCGGACUAUUUACGACUAUUACGGUCCACAAGCAACAAGGAACGGAUUCAUCAACAAGUCAUUCGAUUUCCGCGAAGGCCUGUACAGUCGACAGAACAAAGAAGAUCCCGUCAGAUUUUUCCAAAAUUUUGCGCACUUGGAGAGCGGAAUUCCUAAAAUAUUAAACGAUGCAGUUUAUCUGCGAAAUUUACUGAAAGCUCGCGAGGAAGAUUUAAUACCGCCGGCACCGGAAACUGAAGUUCGAAAAGUUCGCGUGACCUUGGAAGAGUUAUACAAUGGAAGAGUCAAAACCGUCGAAACACCAGGUCACAACACGGGUUUUGUCGAUUUGGUAAUCCUGCCGGGAUGGACACACGGAACACACAUUGUGCACUCUACUCCGGAAAACAGGAGCGACUGUCGAAAGACUGCGCCGUUGGUGUUUGAGAUCAACGUAGAAGACCAUCCCAAUUUCCGGUUACAAAAUUUCGAUCUUCACACCACAGUUAGUAUCAGUUUAGCUGAUGCGAUGGGCGUUGGUCCAGUUCAAAUUCGACACCUGGAUGGUCGAAUGAUAUUGGUCAAUUUAACAGAACUAAUCCAUCCCGGUACCGCAAAAGUACUGAUCGGCGAGGGACUGGCAAAAGAUGCUGGGAAAAUGACGUUUGGUGAUCUUCAUGUUCACUUUGAUAUUAUUUUUCCGGAGCAUGUGGAUCCCUGGCAGAAGUUGGAGUUGUGGGUGGCACUGGUAGAGUAUCCUCUUCCGAAGCCACCAUUACAUUAUGCAGUAACGCCUAUCAGUCAGGCAUCGUUCGAAGCGAGAAAGCCGGUCGAAAUCAAACUUCCUCAAGGUUAUGGUGCAGCCGUGCAAGGAAACGAAAUGGACGGAACUCACGUUUGAAUUCAAAAAAGUUCAGUACAAGUGUAUUGAAUUUAGUUUUGAUAUGGAAAGUUUCAAUGGCUUUCGAGGAUUUCUUGGAACCGCUUUCUGCAAGUAAAAUAUGAAUAUGAAACAGUUCGCUAUGUAUUGUACAUGCUUGCUGUGUAUGUGUGCCGUUAUGUCUGGCUAUUGAACAAUGUUCAAUACGUACCUACCUACAAACUUAUUACAGUAAUAAAACUCUUCAGCUACUAGCAUUAAUAAUAGA